AUGAGUACAUACAAGGAAGAGGCGUGGUUCAAACAUUUGUUGCAUAAUGUACAGGAGGCGACAGUGUCGGAAAAAGGCGAAGUAUCAGUAGUCGAAAAAGACUUAGAAGUGGACAAAGUAAUGGCCGCAGAAGACUUGCUACAAGUGAGCGAUGUACCACGGUCACAACCACUGCCUCAGCAACCUUACAUGAAAAAAUCGUUAACCGCUCAAACAUGGAUACUGAUCCUGGCAUUAGUCAUAGAACAGUGCGAAGUCGAACGCAGUUUGCAGGAUAGGGAGUUAUAUGUGGAUGACCUAUUGCAAAAGCUCUGA